GAUGUCCCUGGAAUCUGAAGGCCAGCCUUUCACUAUUUAAGGAGCAAAGUUAGAAAGUGUUCUGAGUUCGUCACCAUGAUGCUCCGUAUCCUUGCCGUUCUCCUGGCAGUAUCCUGUGCCUCUGCCUCGCCUUACAAUCGGGCACUGUGGCAGUUUCACAGUUUGAUAAAAUGUGCCAUCCCCAACAGUGCACCCCUUGCGGAAUUUAACAACUAUGGAUGUUACUGCGGAUUAGGAGGAGGUGGAACCCCCAAAGACACUUUAGACAGAUGCUGCCAAACCCAUGACAACUGCUACUCACAAGCUAAUGCUCUGUCAAGCUGUAGUGGUAUUGCGAAUAAUCCAUAUACAAAAACCUACUCUUACACCUGCUCAGGAACAUCUAUCACUUGUACCUCUUCUAGUGAUGCCUGCGCUCAGUUUAUCUGCAAUUGUGACAGGGUAGCUGCAAAUUGCUUUGCCAAAGCUCCAUACAACCCAGCCUACAAAGAUCUGGACAAAAACAAAAACUGUUAAUCUCUGUUAGUCAUAUAUACUGAUUUAAGAACUAAUAAACAGUUAUUAAUAAUACCAAAA